GAAUGUCAUAGGGGCUGAUGACCUCAAAUAACACAGAUAGUAAAGGUAAUUUGUAAAGCUCAGGCUUUUUGUGACUGUUUCUCGCAGGUAUUUGGUUUCUCGUCCACUUACAGCAAAGCAAGCUGCAAGGAAGCUGGGUCGUAAAAAAAGGACAGCCAUGCAAAACGGCAACAUUUCCAUCAUUACGCCUGCAGGAUUUUAUAUUGUUGGCUUGAGUUCAAUGCCUUACAGUGACAUUUAUGCUAUGUUCCUCACUGUGCUUUAUGUGAUCACAGUCAUGUGCAAUGUCUUUCUGAUCACCAUCAUUUUCUAUGACCAGCGUCUGCAUGUCCCAAAGUUCAUGGCUAUUGCUAAUCUAGCUGUGGUUGAUCUUGUUCUAAGCACUUCUCUUGUGCCAAGCAUGAUCAAGACUUACAUUGUUCGAGACAAUUUUGUGCCGUUCAAACUGUGCAUUGUGCAAAUGUACACCUACUAUACUUUUUUAUCCCUCGAACCAUUUUCCUUAUGCAUUCUCGCUUAUGACAGGUUCAUUGCAAUCUGUUUCCCUUUAAGACAAGAAUCUAUUAACACAAACACCAGAAUGACUUCUAUAAUCAGUGCAGUUUGGUUAUUUUGUAUUGUUUUAGUUGCGUAUGCUGUUAUAUCCAUCCCAACCCUGUCCUUUUGUGACUCUCUUGAGGUCCACAGCUAUUUUUGCGAUUACGCUCCUGUUUUAAUACUCGCUUGUGGAGAUAUGACAUCACAGUGGAAUUUCGCCACUGCUUUAACUAUACUCUUUGUUACUGUACCUUUGAUUUUAAUUUUUUUGACCUACAUGUGUAUUCUGGCUGUCGUGUUCAGAAUGAAAAAUAAUCAGAGCCGUUUUAAAGCACUGGCCACUUGCAUAGAGCACCUCAUAAUAGUGGCCCUUUUCUUUAUUCCUAUUGUAAUCAUCUUUUGUUUUACAUUUUUUGGAAUUAUUUGGAACCCAAGCGUAGGUCUGGUGAGCUUAUCUUUGUCGUCCCUCAUCACACCCUUUGUGAAUCCCAUCCUCUACUCACUGAAAACUAAAGAGAUUCGAAACAGGAUUCAUUCAAUAAUAACCAAGAGACUGUCUGUUCAUCCUCUAAAAACUUCACAUUAA